ACUCAUCCAUUUCCAAAUAAUUCCUUACACAAAAACCCUUUUUUUGUUGGUUUGUUGGGUUUGUGUGUAUAUUUUGUUUUACUCUCCAUUUUUUGUCCAAUUCCAAGUUUUUCAGGUACCAUUUGUUGAAUAAAUAACUGAACAGACAAAUUUCGGGCUUGACAAAAUGUUUGGGUUUAUGAAAUCUAAGCAAAAGCCGGCUGAUGGUGAGGACAACCAGGACACAAUGUCACCUGCUACGAGGACUUCCUCUGGUCCUUUGCUGUUGGCAGAUUCCAUGGAAGAGGACACUGCCAAGGGAAAGAAAAAGCAAAGUUCGGCAUCCAGUAGGCCAUCACCGGCAAAGAAUCGCAAUAAAUACAAGGACGAUUUCCGUGACUCAGGCGGGCUACAAGCCCAGACCACCGAAGAUCUCGAAGGUUACGCCGUCUACAAGGCCGAGGGGACAACGAGUACUGUCAAUAACUGCUUGAAGAUUGCUGAGAACAUCCGAGAGGAUGCUUCAAAGACUCUUGAUACUUUGCACCAGCAAGGAGAGCAAAUCGAAAGGACUCAUCAAAUGGUUGUUGGCAUGGAUAAGGAUUUGAGUAAGGGUGAGAAGCUUUUGAAUAAUCUAGGCGGUGUGUUUUCUAUGCCCUGGAAACCGAAGAAGACUCAUGAUAUUACUGGUCCUGUGAUCACCGCAGAUGAUCACAAGAAAGACAAGGGCCGGAAGGAGCAGAGAGAAAAGCUGGGUCUGGCUCCUGCACCUAAGAAGGGUGGAAGUAAGACUACUUCGGAACCAGAACCGACCGAUGCCAUGCAGAAAGUAGAGCUCGAGAAGAGAAAGCAAGAUGAUGCACUUUCGGAUUUAAGUGAUAUCUUGGGUGAUCUAAAGGGCAUGGCUGUUGACAUGGGAACUGAACUUGAUAGACAAAACAAAGCUCUUGAUCAUCUAGCUGAUGAUGUGGAUGAACUGAAUAACCGAGUGAAAGGUGCCAAUCAACGUGCCAAAAAAUUGCUCAACUAAAAACAGUUACAGAGCUUACCAAAUUUACUUUCACAUAC